AUACGUUAUUUUUUGUCGUUUAUUUUAUUCAAUCGUGGUUUUCCAUGGCUCUCCUUGAACUACUUUACUACACGUACAGUGCAGUGUGCGAGAGAGUGAAGCCAUGAAAUCGAAGGGUCAUGUCCUCAACGGAAACGGAAACGGCAACGCAAGCGAGAGCAGCAGCAGCAGCACCUCGCCGAGCCCGCCACGGUCACCGCGCCGUCACUCUGGCAUUUCUACUCGCCGGAGGCGGCUCCGCCCCAAGGGAUUCGGCGUCAUUGCUCGCCGGAAUCUUCGUUACUUCUUCCUGCUGCCACUCGUGUACGUCUCUGCUUUACUCGUGUGUGUGGGCCUCUUCUCUGCCCCUCCUCUUCCCCCUGGCUCUCGCUACCGCAGCCACGAGCUUUUUCACAUGCUUUGGCCUGAUAUUCAUUUUGAUAAUUCCUCUUCCAUUCAGUUAUCUUCUGUGUGGAAGUACAAAAGGAAGUUGAAAGAGCAGAAGCCUUGUCUGAAUUUUACUGCGGUGCAACAUGAGCGUUUUGUGACCCCUGGCCAUAGUGGUUUUUUAGUUGUGGAGGUUAAUGGCGGUCUUAACCAGCAACGCUCUGCGAUUUGCAAUGCUGUAGCUGUGGCUGGACUCUUGAAUGCUAUACUAGUGAUACCUCACUUUGAAUACCACAAUGUUUGGAAAGAUUCAAGUGAAUUUGGGGAUAUAUAUGAUGAAAACUAUUUUAUAUCCACACUUGAAGGUUAUGUGAAGGUGGUUAAAGAAGUGCCUAAGGUACUAAUGGAGAGGUAUAAUUACAAUAUUAGUAAUAUAACAAAUAUCAGAGUUCAAGCUUGGGCUCCGGUCAGUUAUUAUCUGGGAGAUGUUUAUCCUGUCUUGCAAAAGGAAGGGGUUAUUCGUAUAGCACCAUUUGCCAACCGUUUGGCAAUGAAUGUCCCUCCUCAUAUUCAAUUUCUAAGAUGUCUUACUAAUUUUAAGUCUUUGAGGUUCUCUUCUUCAAUUUCAACACUAGCUAAAAAAUUGGUUGACCGGAUGAUUGAUAAGAGCUCAAGGACAAAUGGGAAGUAUGUUGCUGUGCAUCUUCGCUUUGAGGAGGACAUGGUGGCAUUUUCCUGUUGUGUAUAUGAUGGAGGCGAGGCAGAAAAGUUGGAAAUGAAUUCAGUUCGAGAAAAAGGGUGGAGAGGAAAAUUUAAACGGAAAGAUCGCAUCAUUGUUCCUAAUAUCAAUCGAGUUGACGGAAAAUGCCCAUUAACUCCUCUAGAGGUUGGGAUGGUGCUACGUGGCAUGGGAUUUGAUAACAAAACAUCAAUAUAUUUGGCUUCUGGGAAAAUAUAUCACGAAGAGAGAUAUUUGGCACCCUUAAAAAUGAUGUUUCCCAAUCUGCAUACUAAGGACUCUCUUGCAACAUCAGAUGAACUUGCUCCUUUUAAGGGAUAUUCCUCCCAAUUAGCAGCUUUGGACUACACGGUAUGCUUGUUCAGUGAAGUUUUUGUGACAACUCAGGGUGGUAACUUCCCUCAUUUUCUGAUGGGCCAUAGACGAUUUUUCUAUGAUGGGCAUGCUAAGACCAUCAACCCAGAUAAGCGCAAGCUUGUUGUUCUGUUGGAGGAUGUAAAUAUUAGUUGGGGAGCUUUCAAGGAGGAGAUGCAAACUAUGCUUAGUGAAAGUGACCGCAAAGGAAUCAUGGUACCCAGAGUUAGAAAAAUUAACAGAAAAACUUCCGUCUACAUGUACCCCUUACCGGAAUGUAGCUGUCUACAGCAAUCUCAUACCACCCAAAAUGUCUCAAUCUAGACAUUCCUGACAGUUACAUCAUUUAUUCUCAACUUCUCAUGCAUCUGCUCUCGUCAGAUUUAAUUUAUGUCCACGGCUUUGAAUUUUCGACUUCCUGGCCUAAGGUUAUGUGAAGCAAUACAUCAUGCUCCUGACUGGGUUACGGUCGCAAGAUGUGGGUAACUGGAUAUCGUAGCCUCCACUGCAUGAAGAUUUUUUAAAUGCAUACUCCAUAUUUUACGUAGCAUGAUAGUUUUAGCUUGCAAUGCUUAGAUGGGAAUGGUACGAUGCGAACGAGCAAGCAUGGAGUUGUAUUUUUAUUUUCCUUUCAGAAGCUCUUUAAACUGACGAGUCUCUUUUCCAUUAUUUUCUUUCUUU